CUUAGUGUUGUGUCCCCUGUUUGAAGCUCAUAAUGACACUGCCUCUGCUGUAUAAAUACCCACACUACCCUCAGUACAGCAGUACUGGGACCUGGAAAUGAUUUUAAAGGAUCUCUUUAUUCUGCUCUUUGUGCUGUCAUUAGCACAGGCAUCCUCGCCCCAACACAUUGUACAUCCCAAGUUUCUACACCUGGACUGGCCAGCAGACUGUGGGGUUGCAUUUUUCCCACAAAACACAGCUGGAAGGAUUGUAUCUGGAAAUGAAGCACGUCCGUUCUCCUGGCCGUGGCAGGUUUCCUUGCAGGUUCGGGCUCGGGGGCAUAAGAAAUAUGUUCACGUCUGUGGUGGGACACUCAUUCACAAAAAUUGGGUCCUCACUGCGGCCCACUGUUUUCAGAAGGGGAAGGCAGAAGAUGCCACUAAUUGGAGGAUCGUCCUUGGGAAGCAUAACCUCAACCGUACAGAACCUACGGAAAAAAUUUACAAUGUGAAACGCAUAUACAGGCAUGAACGUUUCCGCUACCCACAUCUGAAUGAGCUAGACUAUGAUAUUGCACUAGUCAAGCCUGUAGGAGACAUACUAACCACCCACUUUAUAAAGUAUGCCUGCCUUCCUAAGAAAGAAAUGAUUCUGCGCCCAGGUCAUUUUUGCUGGGUAACUGGAUGGGGAGAUACUAGAGGUGGAAAUAAGAACCUUACAUUCUCAGAAGUUCUGAACCAAGCCAAGCUGCCAAUUAUUGACACCAAGACAUGCAAACAGAAAAAAUUUUGGGGUGAAAGGGUAAGAGAGUCAAUGAUCUGUGCCGGCUUCCGAGACAUUGGAGGGCCCCCUGCUGCCUGCCAGGGAGACUCUGGAGGUCCUCUUGUAUGUCAAAAUGGAAGAGAAAGGUGGGAAGUUCACGGUAUUGUCAGCUUUGGACCCAUUGGUUGCACAGUAGAGAACAAACCAAGUGUCUUCACUAGGACUUCAACAUAUAUUCCUUGGAUUGAGGCCACAAGGAUCCGUGAUUUCUUCCUACACUAAUGGAAGAAGCAGAAGCUUAAGUGCAUCUGGUCAAAUCUUGGAUUGUAGAAGGGAUUAAUGCUCAUUAUAUAUUGCAGGGAAUUAGUCUUAUUACAUGAAACAUAGUGUGUAUAAACCAUCUUUAGCAAUGUUUGCGUGUGUGUGGUACAGAACAUACUUGCAGAAAAAAGUGGAUGGUCAGUUCAAAUAUGAACUUUAAUGUCCUCUCUUCUAGAGGGGUUUAUGUUCUAGAGUUAUCUAGAUCUAAAGACUACUUGACCCCUACCUAGUUAUGCUAAAGAGUUCAUGUUACCAUUUGAGUGGUUGUAAACUGUAGACUGUAAACUAUGUCAGAAAAAGAACUGAUGUCAACUUCUACAUCAAUUAGGCCUUGUUUACAUCUGCGUCGGAGGCUCCUUUUGGGGUGAAUUAAGUCACUGCAGAAAAACUGAGCUAGAUGGGGCAGAACAAACACCAACAGAUCCCACGGACUUUAAAGGGGUCCGUCAGGUUUUUGUCUAAUGUCUUUUUAUUUAGCAGGAUUUGAGUGUACACAAAAAUAACACUAUUUGCAUAAUUUUUUUUCUUGUCCGCUCAGGUCCCACUAUUUAAAAGUAUUCUAUGACUUAGCUCUGCCCAAACAUAGCUUCAUCGUAGAUGUAAACCUAACCUCAUAUAUAUUUAACAAAAAAUAUUAAACAGCAGGAACUUAGUAGACGAGACAUUGCUUCUGGCAUUGUAGUGUUCCCUGUUCACAUAUAUUAUAAUCUAGUGUUGAUAAAGCAUCACACUUAACAUAACACUCUUUAGAAGAAAUUACUUUUAGGAUUAGCAUGAAUUUGUAUCUUUACAUCUCCUUAAGUGCACAGAUGAUACCACAUCUGAAGGUCUAGCAAUAUUAUAUAAUAUUUAACCUUAAAUAACUAAUAACUUCUGUAACAAAUCUUUAAUGUUUUCAUUGCUUACCCACUACUGGUCAUGUUGAUAACUACAACUCACUUGGAACAAAUCGUAAUUCAGCAUUUGCGUUUUUCAUGAAGGUCAUGAAAGGUCAUUUCAAAAUCUUGUUUUUUUUUUAAGAAAGCAAUAAAAAAUAGAACAUAUGAACAUAUUGGCAUGCACAUUUUUUAAAUAUAGAUAUUGAACAGUAUUAGUUUUUCAUCCAACACAAUGACAGCGACUUUAUCUGUUAUCACAUUUAAAGAGAAAAAAAAAGAAAAAAAAAGCUCUUAAUCAGAGAAAAGUGAACUGUGAGUCUGAUCCCUGUAGGGGUCUCAAAAUCUAGUAAUCAUAUCUGUGUUACAUUCUAGUAGAUGUCUCCUAUAUUUUGUCCACAAACUACUCAGCUUACAGAUGGGUGGCAAUAAUUACAUUCCAAGUAAUAUAAUAUAAAAGAGUGUGUUCAUUUUGGAAGCAGUUCUGGCAAAAGGGGGCUUAGUGUAAAACUAACAGUCCAACAGGUAAACAUGCCUAGAUUGAACUAGAUGACUGCUUAAAACUGAUUGCUUUUCCUUUCUGUCACAAUACAAACAUCAUCUGUUUAUCUACAAUUUGUCUACUAUAUUUCUUUAUGUUUUGUGACUUUUCAAUGUGGUUGACAUGCACUUGUAUAUAUUAUACACAGUCUUUUUAAAGAACAUAUUCAUUAUACCAAUAUCCAUACCGGUGCUAUGCAUCAGUUCUAACAUGUAUCUGUGUGUGCUUUCCUUUUACUUAUACUUUAUCAAGAUUGCUGUUUAUUAAUAUAUUUUUCUAUAUUAUUCUAUAUGAAAAUAAAAUAUUUAACCCCCAAAAAUAUUUAGAGCUAACACAAGGAAAAUGAGCUUUUUUUUUGUUAAUGUCUUACUAUCGGAUUGUGGUCAUACUGCAUCUGGCUUAAUAAAAUAAUGAAGCAUAAUUGGUAUUUACUGAGUGUUUGUUGUCUAUAAGUUUGUAUAUAGUGUUGUGACCAACAGUGUAGAUACCACAGAGUAUGGAAAUCUGAAAAAUGUUAACCUUUCUCUCUACAAAAAGAGAAGUAUUAAAAAACAAGGCUGAUAAAGGGCCCAAGUAUAACAAAGUCUUACUCUCACAUAGGUUAAAAAGAGGGUAUAUUAAUACCAUUCAUAGCAGCUAUCCAGUAAUAAUCCCUUCUGCCAAAGGUUGCCACAUGGAGACAACACAUGUCCAUGUUCCCAACUCUACUCUAUUACUACCGACAGUCUGCAUUAGUCUAUACAAAUGAAUCAAGUUCCUCAUCAUUGGAAGUUUUUAGAGAAAUAGAAAAAUAGUGAGAAGAGGAUUGCCCG